CAGGCUAGUUGGGACAUGUUUAUCUGCAUCAAAUAUGGAGACAAUCGACAGUUCCUGGCCAACAUCAACUGCUCGGUUUUACUUCUAAUGCAUUACCUGCGUGACAAGGUGGGGCUGCAGAGGACAGACCCCAUCGACUUGUGUGAAGAGAAUGGAACGCUUAAACUCAUGUUCCUGGUCAAAUUCCCAGAAGAUAAUGCCAGCAAGUUCCUAACCCCACGAGGAAACUACUACAUAUGUAAAGUAGAACGUGGCAGCCAAGGGACCAAACACGAAAACAGCUACCGGGCUUUCAUCCCUAUAUUCAAGUACCCUCCGCUAGAUUUGUUGGACUCCUUGCGCAACCAGUGUGACUUUCUAGAGAAAAGCCGCCUCAAGAUACUCAAGAGCCAAGAUGGCAAGAAGCCCCCAACCAUGGAGUCGCUCUUGGUUAGCAUGGCGAACCAGGUGGUGGGAAAAGGCACUGGGAAGGCUGGAGCGAAUGUGAGCGGUGGGCUAGAUGAGGAGGGUUCACCUCGCAAGACGACAGCAGCUGCGAAGGCCAGGCUGGAGGCCAGCAGGAAGGACAAGCAUCGCUGA